CAAAGACAACACACAUAGCUAUCCAACUGUAAGAACAUGACCCCUUCAUGCCCUGAGCUCACCAAUUGCCCCAAGAAAUGCUGUGAUUCAUCAUCACAUAACUCUUUAUGGGCCGCUUACCUCAGCGCUGACUCUGAUGGUGUGGAAAAUGGCUGCCGGUCUUCACAUUUGGGCCAAGCUUCCAUUGUGGAAACCUGUUAUCCAAAUCAGAGCUCACAGGUGGCUCCACAACAAGGGCACUCCCAACCUGGGUUGCUCACCCCACUGACAAAACGCUCAGGAAACCAUCGUGACCAGAGAGCUGUGGAGAACACAGGACUCUUUGAUGGAACCUGUGGAGGGAACAACCGACACACAGGAAGCAAGAAGCCUCUCUUUAUUUCAUUUCAACCAUCGCCUCAGUCCCAGAGCUGUGAGAUCCAUCAACACAAACUGGCCCCUGUUGAAACUCAAGAUGCUGGGAUACAGACGACCGUCGUCCCAGCACGUGAAACAUCUGACACCUCGACGCAGUACAGUCCAGUGCAAGAAGCAGCUAAGCCAAUUGAGUUUUUGUUCAGGGCGCCUGUUGAUAUUUCUAUACAGAAUUCAGCCACAAGGGGACAGGCUGGUUGCAGAAAUGAGAGGGAAGAGCAAACGACACCGAGAGCUCUGUUAGAUGACCAUAGAAAAGAAACGGAGCACACACCCAGAAGCAAAUCGAGCAAGGAACCCAAGGCUUGGCAUCUGCCAGUCACCAGCUUUGUCAAACAAUAUCCAACUCACAACACCGAAAGCAGAAUUACUACAUGGAGACCCAAAGGCCUCUCUACAGGUGCUCAGUCCAAGACUAUUGAUACAGAAAUGAGUGAGCAGGAUUGCGGGGGUGCAGAUGAGAGAGGGAUGACAGACCUUGUUGAAAAGGGCUCUCCUAUGAAAAGCCUCCCAGAAGAGAGGGAUGAGGCCGCAUCAGCCAGAAAAGUUAGCAGGCUGUCAGAGGAGACUGAAACACUCCAGGAAAUAGCCGACAUUCUGCUCAUGCUGAAGCAGAGAAAAAAAGAGUGAUUAUGAAGUGACGAAGAGGAGGAUGCUGCGGGGAAACAAGUGGCUGUUCUGUGCAUAUACGUAAUACAUUUGACAUUUUGUUUUCAGUCUGUAGAAGUGGUGUGUUUCACUGCAAAUGCGUUUAUGCCAACAAAUUUAAGUUGUUAUUUGUCCAAAUUAGAGUCAAGGUUCAU